GGAGAAUUUUGCAGUUUUGAAGACAUUUUGGAUUUAAAGGGGCUGGGCUAGCCGAAGGUUCUGGCUGUCGGUUUCCCUGAACACUACCACUAAAGAUGUCCACCAUGCUUUAUGCCCGGGAAGAGAAGCUCGAAAAGCUCUCUCAAGAGGAGAUAAUCUCUAACACCAAACUGGUGAUCCAGGGUCUGGAAGCCCUAAAAAAUGAGCACAACUCCAUUCUCCACAGUCUCUUGGAGACCAUCAAGUGCCUAAAGAAGGAUGAAGAGGCCAACCUGGUGCAUGAGAAGUCUAAUCUGCUGCGCAAGUCAGUGGAGAUGAUUGAGCUGGGACUUGGUGAAGCACAGGUGAUGAUGGCCCUGUCCAACCACCUAAACGCGGUGGAGUCCGAGAAGCAGAAGCUGCGUGCGCAGGUUAGGAGGCUUUGCCAGGAAAACCAGUGGUUGCGGGAUGAGUUGGCCAACACCCAACAGAAGCUGCAAAAGAGCGAGCAAAGUGUCGCUCAGCUCGAGGAAGAGAAGAAACAUCUGGAAUUCAUGAACCAGCUCAAGAAAUAUGAUGAGGACAUCUCCCCCACUCAGGAGGAAAAGGACAGAGAAACACCAAAGGACUCACUGGAUGAUCUCUUCCCCAACGAUGAGGAAGAGCAUGGCCAAGGAAUGCAGCAUCAACACAACAGUGCAGCAGUGGCGGCAGCCCAGCAGGGAGGCUACGAAAUCCCAGCUCGCCUGAGAACACUACACAAUCUGGUGAUCCAAUACGCUUCUCAGGGCAGGUACGAGGUCGCUGUGCCCCUCUGCAAGCAAGCUUUGGAGGACCUGGAAAAAACAUCUGGACAUGACCACCCUGAUGUGGCUACUAUGCUUAACAUCCUGGCUUUGGUUUAUAGGGAUCAGAAUAAAUACAAAGAGGCUGCACAUCUUCUCAACGAUGCUCUGUCCAUCCGGGAGAAAACCCUGGGGAAAGACCAUCCUGCUGUUGCUGCAACAUUGAACAACUUGGCUGUGCUGUAUGGAAAGAGGGGAAAAUACAAGGAGGCUGAGCCUCUGUGCAAGAGGGCUCUGGAGAUCAGAGAGAAGGUCCUGGGGAAAGACCAUCCAGAUGUGGCCAAACAGCUGAACAACUUGGCUCUACUGUGUCAGAAUCAAGGCAAGUACGAGGAGGUGGAGUACUACUACUGCCGUGCGCUGGAGAUCUACGAAUGUAGGCUGGGCCCGGAUGAUCCUAAUGUGGCCAAAACCAAGAAUAACCUGGCUUCCUGCUUUCUCAAACAGGGAAAAUACAAGGAGGCUGAAAUUCUAUAUAAAGAGAUUCUGACUCGUGCCCACGAGAAAGAGUUUGGAUCUGUUGAUGCUGAAAACAAACCUAUCUGGAUGCACGCUGAGGAAAGAGAGGAGAUGAGCAAGGGAAAGCACAGGGACAACACGCCUUAUGGAGAGUAUGGAGGCUGGUAUAAAGCCUGCAAAGUCAACAGCCCAACAGUAAACACCACGCUGAGGAACCUGGGGGCCCUGUAUCGCCGUCAGGGCAAGCUUGAAGCUGCCGACACCCUGGAGGAAUGCACUGUGAGAUCCCGCAAGCAGGGCAUUGACCCAAUCCACCAGACACGCAUGGUGGAGAUCCUGAAGGACGCAGACGGUGAUAGACGAAGGAGCAGGGAGAGCCUGAGCAGCGUUAAGUACGAGAGCGGCUCUGAAACUGGCGAGGAAGUGAGUAUGGCCGUGGAGUGGAACGGGGCCUAAGCCAUCAAGAUUAUUCCUCCACCCCUCUCUCCCUCCCUCAACCAAUAGCUAAAGGAUAUGUGUUGUUGCUCCUCUCCGGCGCGCCCCCCUCUCCAGCAGAGAAAGCCCCUCUCCCUCUCCCUCAGCUGUCACAUGAGUCCACUGUCCAACCGAAAGCUGCCGGGACGUUUGGUCUCCUCAUCUCCGCUCCUCCUGGUUUUCCGUCUCUCUCUGGCACUAUCCUAUCCUUCAACUAACCCCAUGCUGGAAACGUUCAAUCAUUGAGCAUAACGGUGUGUGUGCAUGCAUGUCUGUGUGUAUGUGUGUGCGUGUCUAACCUUUGCCUCCCUCCCUUCAUUUUCUUUCCCUCAACCUUGCUUGUAUGUAUGUUACAUAUAUGAACACUAUAGUAAGCCGAAAUUACACUGCAGGUCCAAGUACCCAAUUCCGAUACAAUGCCGAUUUCCAAUUUUUUGACGUCAAUUUCAGGUGACACAUAUUCAAUAUGGCUGUAUUUACACUGAAGGGACACAUGAAACAACCCUCGUGCGCAGACACCCAAAUAAGCGUUUUCACUGUUAGUUUCCACCCAAAAAGAAAAUCUAAAAGAAAAAAAAACAUUUUUUAAAAAUAAAAAAAUUUUGGGGGAAUUUUUUUUUAAAAAUCCAGGAAUCGGUGAAUGAAUCUGCAGGUGCCGAGUCGGGGGUCCACCUUAAUACAAAUUAAAGUUGUAUAAUGUUUAGUUGGUCUGGGCUGACUCUUGCCCCAUUGAUUUAAAUAUGGGUAACCUCCACAGAACCCACCGCCAUGUGCAAUUAUUUUGCUUAUUUAAUGACUGACUCACUUCUAAUUUUACACCAAUACAUAAAUCCGUGUAUUUCAGUGACUUCAAGCUUGCAUUGAUGAGGUGUAUCCAAUCUUUGCCUGCAUUCUCAGGGCAUUGAAUCGAUCGCAACUGGACUGUUGUGGCUUUCUUAGAAAAUGUUUCGCCUCUCAUCUGAGCAGUCUUCAUCAGUUCAUGCAACAAGGCUUAGUUAGGACAGACUAGCCUGAGUUUGUGUGGAGAACAUCAACUAUUUAUGCUCCAAGUUGGAAGCACACCCCAAAACGAUCCGAUCUGUGCGUUUAAACUGUACUUGCAUUGGCACUCCAAAAUGUCUCGUAUUUUUAAUCCACAUUUGGAAGAGACUUGAUUCCUAUCUGAAGAAACCCGAUUCCCUGCUCCCCCCACCCCCCUCUAUUUACGCUGCAAUUACACAUUUCUGGAUUGUGCCAAUCAAAUCGGAAUUGUAACUUGAAACCUGCAGUGUGAAUCCAGCCUUAUUUGACAGACUGAGAUCCUGUCCCUCAAUUCUAACAUCAAUAACCUCUACAGGUACAGCUCAAUAAAUUAGAAUAUGGUAGAAAGGUUCAUUUAUUUCAGUACAUUAUAUUAGAUGAGUUAAACCACUUGGGAACAUACUUUUCAGAAGGCAAAUUCAUGCCUAAUUUCUACAUUAAAAAUAAUUUUCAUUGUUUCUUGAUUGUUUGUAAUAUUCUAGUUUCUUGAGAUGGUGAAUUUUGGGUUUUCACGUUUUGCUGUUAGUUCCAAUCAUCCAAAUUAUGUUUUAUAUAUAUUAAAAGACUAAUAAAAUAUUUCACUCUUUGUGCAGUGCAUCUCUAUUAGUUUCACUUUUUCAAUUGAACUACCUAACUAAAUCCAGCUUUUGACAAAUAUGAUUUAUUGAGAUGUACCUGUAGGUUACUUUGCAUCACACAUCACCCACUUUUAUUUAAAGUCGUCAAGUCCUCCAAUUUAGGCACAGUAUCUUUUUUUUAUAUGCAGGUAUUUCUUUGUGUGUUUAAUGUUGUGAACUACUCUAGAGAUCAAAUCCCUAAACAGUUAUGGUACUAUAUCAUUUCAUGUUUAUAUUAAAAAUGUCUGAGUCAACAAGAAGAAAGAAGGGAGCCCUUUUUUGUUCUGUUACAGUAUAUACAGUCCCCUCCAAAAGUAUUGGAACGAGAAGGUCAGUUCCUUUGUUUUUGUUGUAUACUGAAGGCAUUUGGAUUUCAGAUCAAAAGAUGAAUAUGAGACAAAAGUUCAGAAUUCCAGCUUUUAUUUCAUGGUAUUUACUUGGGUUGGGAGGAUAAACCGAUAAGACCGCAUAUCCGUCCGUAAAGGCGGGAGAUACGACUGUAUCGGUAGCAGACUCCAUUAUCGGUAAAAAAUCCUCCAGCAAGCCUUAGCUACAUCGGUUGUAGGGCUGUGGACCGGAUAUCGCGAGACUAGGAGUUGGUUGCUUGAGUCUUUGCAGUUUUCAUCUCGUAAAACAAGUGUGAGAGCUCUCACGCUGUGUGCCGUGGACGUAACGUUGUUUACAACCAAACACAGCAGUGGUGGAUACUAGCGACACUACUGGUUUAACUACAUUUCUCCGUAGCGUCACUAUUUUAACAUCAAAUAGCUUUUCAGUUGUUAAGCUACUUUCGUGGUCACAGCGAUAGCAAAGUAAUGUUCCCCCCAGAAGUUGUAAACAUUGAAUGCGACGUCACGUUACGUACCUUGUCUCAAGUCCACCGUUGACACCGGGCCCGGCGGCGAAAUGUGCGCCGCAGAUUGUAAACAUGCGGACAAUAUGGCAAAGGUAGGUACAUCUCGGCAGAUUGUAAACAUGUGGACAAUAUGGCAACGGUAGGUACAUCUCGGCAAUUUCCUUGGGCUGUAACAAAGUACACUAAUGCUUCUCCAGUCCUCGCAGUCCACUUAUACGUUCGUGUUGCUACGGUGGGACCCAACAAAGAAACUACCGAGAGGACAAACAGCCAGGUAUAUCCUGAAGCUGACGCAACAAUCGACAGUUGUACUAGGCUAGUCAUCAAGACUAGGGGGGAGUGCUUGUGCGCAUUGGCAGUCCUAGCAUGAAUGGCACUGUGGGCAAGAACCCCCCCCCCCCCCAAAUGGCUCUUUAAAUGUUGUUUGUGCAGAGUUUGUAAAGAAAAAAAAUCUCAAUUAAUUGUUGUAUUGUGGUCUAUUUACAUAAUUGAUUUGAUAUUUUUUAAAAAGUGUGUGUAUAUAUAUAUAUAUAUAUAUAUAUAUAUAUAUAUAUAUAUGCAUGCCUUAAAGCAGCAAUGGUCAGGGUUAAGUGGUCAUUUACAUGUUUUAAAGUAGGGUUUGAGAAAUGUCAUUUUAUUGAAUUGGGUCAAGUCAAGGUUCUUUAUGAUUAGCAUGUGCAAAUGUUAACUAUCACCAAAUCAAAUCGAGAAUCGUAACUCCCAUUACUGAAUUGAAUCGUAUCGAAUCGUUCCGCCCUUAAAGAUAUCGUUUUUGAUUCGAAUUCCUACUUGUGUUAUCAAGAUAUGUAUCGAAUCGGCCUCAUGCCAGAGAUUCCCAACCCUAAUAUUUACAUCUAGAUGUGUUAAACAACUCAGGACAGAGCACCUUUUGUUUGAACCCACCCACUUUUCAAGUGAGCAGAGUAUUGGAACAAGUGACUGAUCUGUGUUUCUAGUUGCUCCGGUAUUGCCAUUUAGAUUGAUUGCUUAAACAUUAGACACUUGUUUUUGGAUUUGGAUUUCACCUGUGAAAACUGCAUUUGCUGCUAAGCAAACAUGAAUAACAGCUGUCUAUGGGAAAAAAGCAAACAAUGUUGAAGAGAGAAGAGGGAAAAUCGAUCAGCGCUAUUGUACAAACUUUGGGCAUAGCCAAUACAACAAUUUGGAAUGUCCUGAAAAAGAAAGGAGCUACUGGUGUACUGGGCAUCAAACAGGUCGGCCAAGGGUAUCAACAACAGUUGAUGACAGAAACAUUGUGAGAACUGUGAAGGAACACCCAAAGACAACAGUGACAUCACUGCCAAGCUCCAUAGGGCACGGGUGAAGGUAUCACAAUCCACUGUUCAAAGAUUUCGAGAGAAUAAAUAUACAGGGCAAACCACACAUCAGCAAAAAGAAUAGGAAGGCCAGAUUGGCUUUUGCAAAGAAGUACCGAGAUGAGCCAGAAAAGUUUUGGAACAACGUUUUAUGGACUGAUGAGACCAAGAUUAACCUCUACAAAAGUGAUGAAAAGGCCAAAGUAUGGAGAAAGAAAGGGUCGUCUUAUGAUCCAAAACACACACUCAUCCGUGAAGCAUGGUGGAGGUAAUGUCAUGGCUUGGGCUUGGCUGGUUCUGGAACCGGCUCACGUAACUCAUGAUGGUAGCAGCAGAAUCAAUUUGUGAUGAUGUAACUCAUGAUGGUAGCAGCAGAAUAAAUUCUGAAGACUACAAAACCAUUUUGUCUGGCAAUUUAAUGAAAAACGCAUCCAAAUUAAUCGGGAGAAGCUUCAUCAUGCAACAAGACAAUGACCCAAAACACACUGCCAAUACAACAAAAGAAGUCAAUUGCUCGCAGGCUUGAUGCAGUUAUUGCAAGUAAAGGUUAAGCCACCAAAAAUUUUAUGUUAUUCACUUCAGGUUAAAUUAAUAAUGUCCGUUCCAGUACUUUUGCUCACUUGAAAAGUGGGUGGAUUCAAACAAAAGGUGCUCUGUCAUGAGUUCCUCAACAGAUCUAGAUGUAAAUACCAUGAAAUAAAAGCUAGAAUUCUGAACUUUUGUCUCACAUUCAUCUUUUGAUCUGAAACACGUCUUCAGUAUACAACAACAAUAAAUGAAUAGACCUUGCCGUACCAAUACUUUUGGAGGGGACUCUAGAUGUGAAAAAAAAGUUAGUAAUUUUUUAUUUGUUUACAUUUUUAUGCACAUAUUUUGGCUGAAUAUUAAAGCAGUAGUUUUUAAGCAAUUCACAGAAUUGUCCAUAUCCGAUUUUGAGGGCAGACUGUAAGAUCAAGCUGUUGCCAUGGCGGUUGUUUAUUCCUGUCUUCAGUGUCCUUGCUCUUUACACUCUUUUUUUUAAAUUUAUUUAUUUUUUUGUGGAAUAGUUGCAUACACAAGGUUGCAUUUUCAGAUGGGAAAAAGCUGCAUGAUUUUUUAUAUUGUGUCAGCAGCGAGAUGAGAAUCAGAUGUCAAGGUCUCAUCCAAGCACUAUUGCCUUUUCUUAUUGUUGAAGCAGAAGCCGUGACUCACAGUAGCAUUUGACGAGUGUAUUUGAGUGUACAGUCACAGCGGUCACACUGUAAACAUCGUUAAUUUGGUGAAGCAUUUUAUUUUGCCAACACCUCAACAUCGACUACAAUUAGUUCACGUUUCACUAAGUGACUGUGCAAUGACUUUUAACGCCUUGAAAGUGUCGUCGUUGGCUGUGCUUGUUGUACUCUCUGGCUUCAGUCUUCUACAUGCCUUGAUUCUUCAUUCCAUUCGACUGCAUCUAUAUCUCUACUUCUACUCUCAGCUAUAGAAUUGAUCAUGUGCAUCACAUAAUUAAAAUAUCAAUAAUGUCUUAGUGGAAUGCGUAUUUAUUGAACUGUCCUCUCUUGAUAUAUAUCUAUAGUGUGACUUCAUUUCCCCAAAGUGGAAGAACAUUACAUUAGGUCUAGUAGUACUAGUAGUAGAAUUGCAUCAUAUUUACCAAUUUGCAUUGUGAAGAUGGUUGCAUCAGCACUUGUUGGUAUCUCAAAUAAAGUUUUUUCAUUUGUGA